GCGCAGUACCCAAACUCCCAUCUUUCUCCCAAGCAGCCAGAGAGCCAGGGGCAGCGGGGGGAGAGCCGGAGCGGGCCCGGGGCAGGACUCGCCGUGUCGGGGUACAGGUGUCACAGCUUCCCUCCGGCUCCCACCUGGCUGCGGGCCGGACUGACUGGGUGAGGAGCCCGGGGGGAGGGGAGAUCACCGGGCCUGAGAGAGAGCAACCGCAGCCUGACCCGGGAGCACAGACAGGAGCCCCCUGACCGGCCUGGACCCCCGGGGCUGCCCUGUCCGCCUCCCAGCCGCCCACCCCGGGGGCAGGAGCCAACAGAGGGGGCAGGAGAGCCAUCUACAGCCAAUGGGUGAGUGGGGGACAGGGGAGCCCUGACUGGGCAAGUGGGGGACAGGGGAGCCCUGACUGGGCAAGUGGGGGACAGGGGAGCCCUGACUGGGCAAGUGGGGGACAGAGGAGCCCUGACUGGGCAAGUGGGGGACAGGGGAGCCCUGACUGGGCAAGUGGGGGACAGGGGAGCCCUGACUGGGCAAGUGAGGGACAGGGGAGCCCUGACUGGGCAAGUGUGGGGACAGAGGAUCCCUGACUGGGCAAGUGGGGGACAGGGGAGCCCUGACUGGGCGAGUGGGGACAGGAGCCCUGGCUACGGGCGAGUGGGGCAGGAUCCUGACUGGGCGGAGUGGGGGCAGGGGAUCCUGACUGGGCGAGUGGGGACAGGGGAGCCCUGACUGGGGGACAGGGGAGCCCUGACUGGGGGACAGGGGAUCCCUGACUGGACAAGUGUGGGUACAGAGUAUCCCUGACUGGGCGAGUGGGGGGGACAGGGGAUCCCUGACUGGGCGAGUGGGGGUACAGGGGAGCCCUGACUGGGCGAGUGGGGGGGAAAGGGAAGCCCUGUGACUGGGCGAGUGGGGUGGGCAGGGGAGCCCUGUGACUGGGCGAGUGGGGGGACAGGGGAGCACCGUGACUGGGCGAGUGGGGGGACUGGGGAGCGCCCUGGCUCGGCGAGUUGGUGACAGGUAGAACUCACUGAGUUAAAACAGCAGCUCCUAGUAGAUGCCAUAAUCUGUAGCAAUCAUACAACGAGUGCCAGCUGAAUGCUUAGGGUAAGGGAAACACUGUCUACCUGAUGACAAAAUCGCCUUUUGACAAUUUACAUAAUCAUUCUUCUCACUGAAUUACAUUUUGGAAUCAGCUGAGUAUAAGCGUUCAGUUUCUUUAUCCUAUUCUGGUUGUCACUAGUUCUUCAAGGAGCAUUUUUAUUUCAUUUAGUGUUAUAUGUAGGUUAUGGUAUAUAGUGGUUGUUGGUACCUUCUUGGCAAACUCCAUUCUCUGAUGAGUCGACUUAUGUAAUGAAUUCUCCUCCAUCAUCAGUGAAAUCAUUUUCUGUUUAGAAAUGCAAACAUGGUGAUGUAUCACUACGUUUUCCAGGUUUGACUUGCUUCUGGUUCUCGGAAUAAAUGGUAGAUUAUUAAUUUGUGCUUUUAGAUAAUACUUAGUGAAGUCACUUUCAUGCUAAAGUUAGUGGAUUGACUUUUUGUUAUACACAUUAUGGGCAAUUGUUUGGGUUGUGAAAGUAUACUUGCAAUUGGUGCUUUUAGAGCAGAUUAUAUAAAUGACAAACUUCGUGAGAUGAUUUUAGACUGGCUGCAAUAGUUACUUAGAAGGACCUAUAGGCAUAUUUUAAGAUAAACAGGUUAUUUUGGAUCUUUGUCGCAGUUUUGCUUGUGACAGAAUGUCAUAUUUGCUUCUGUGUAAGCGAUAUCUUUUAACCUUUUUUACCCCAAAACAUUUAUGUAAAGAAUGCACAAAAUUUUUUUAAAGAACAUGUCAGUAACUGACUGUGAUCGAAUGUGGCUGUAAUGUCACCAACAGUAUACGUGACAUUAUAACCAUACUCUCUAUAAGGUUAAAGAACUUGAAAAUUACAGUGCUUCAUACUGGUAAUUAUUUAAGAGUUUUUACAUAGAGCUCUUCUACUGAGAACUUUUCUACUACAAAAAUGUAGCAAUUGUUAUUAGUAUUAUAAAGUGGGAUAUAUAAUUAGACACAAAGUGAGUGUAGUCUUUGAUAGACUGCACUAAUACAUACUGUAGUGUGAGUGCAAAUCCAGAUCACUUCUUUGCUCAACUUGUUCAAGCUCUGAAACUGUCGUGGGGCAGGAUAAUGUAUAAUAUUUCUGCAUGGGAACAGGGUUUAGUGGAAAAAGAAGCAACAACAUUGGGAUGUUAUUGAAGGCAAGUUUAAUUUUAUCAUUUUUAUUUUCUCUUUUGCUAUUAUCUCGUAAUUCUAGGCUUUCAUAUUUAUGACAUUAAGGGAAAUUCCAGGCACUAAAUGAAAUCAAAUCAUCCACUUUUUGAAAAAGGAAAAAGCAAAAGUAUUGUAGUUUCUCCAUCCAAUCCAAGGAACUUUGAAGAUAUGUACAGCUGUUCAUUUCCUUAAAGUUUUGCACAUGACUUUCCCAUUUAGGUGAAUGAGAAAAUAAAAACUGCACAUCUCUAUAUUAUAUUUAAGCAAGCCCUUAAGCCAUUUGCGGCUCAGCUGUUACUUAUUCAUUCAUUUCAAGUAUGUAAUUCAUUUCAGCCAGCACCAACGUUAGGACCUGUCAUUACAACCUAACGUUGUUAAUGCCCGUGCUGUUCCGGAUGUAAUGACACAUCCUAACGUCUAUAUCAAGUUAAUUAAGUGGUUUUGGUGCAGUCUCAGUGUUCUAUUCUUUGUUAUUUAGGAGUUAAAUCACUUUUUUUUGCUACCCUAGCCACAUAUCCUCUGGCUGAAACUUGUUGAGCAUCUUACACAUGGUCUGUAAAGAGAGAUGUAAUUUUAAAAAUUUCUUAAUAGCACAGUGUAUUUAACUGUAACGUUUUUCUUAUUUCUAAUUGCCUGCAAGAGCCUCCUUUGUUUUCUUAAAGUUCAAUUGGCAGAGCCUCUAAUGGAAACAUGUUUUGCUGAUCUGAUCUGAUUAACAGUAAAAACAUUUUUCAUGAUGGCUGUGGGGGACACUGCCAGGGGAGCUGUGGCUAGGGCUGCAUAUACAGAAACUAGUGAUUUAAAGGGAUAUUAUAAGCACCAAAACAACUUUAGCUUAAUGAAGUAGUUCAGGCAUAUAGAUCAUGACACUGCUUUCUCACUGCUCAAUUGUCUGCAAAUUUAGGAGUAAUAUCUCUGCAUGUGACUUCCACAGCCUUAUUUAACACUUCCUGUAAAAUGAAAUCUACUGUUUAUACUUCCUGCAUUGCACAGUUUGUUUAAAUUAGAAUAUAUUCUGUCCUGUACUGUUAAUAGUUUUUUAGACCUUACAGGAGCCUCCUGCGUGUGAUUUAAAGUAAAAUUUACAGUGCACCAGAUUAAAAACUUCUGACGUAAAUUUAGGAUCGGAUUAAAAAAUUUUUUCAAGCUGGCUGUGUGAGUCACAGCCAAGUUAGGUGUGACUUGGACUGUAUAAACAGAAAGAGAUACUGCAGGGGCAUGAUCUAUACACUAAAACGGCUUAAUUUAGCUACAGUUGUUUUGGUGCCUGUAGCAUCCCUUUGAUUCCUAAAUGGCAGAGAAUGCCUUGUAGGGGCAUGAUAUAUACCCCACAGCUGCUUAAUCAACCUAAAGUUGUUCUGGUCCUUUAGAGUACCCCUUUAACAUGUUACUAUAGUGGGAGUGAUAAUUCUCCUUUGAAUUUUUUAAUUUGUGACAUUUAAAAUUGUGUGUGCUCCAUAUAAAAGGAACACUAUAGUUUUAGGAAUUCCCCCCCCCCCCCCCCCCCCCCCUCCUCUUGAGCCAAUGACCAAUCCAUGUGCUAUAUGCACCUCCAUAUGCUUCACAUAGGAAAACAUUUAUUUGGUGCUUUUUUCAUUAGUUGCCACCUCACUUGCCAAGUUUUACGUUGUUGUAGAGGAAGCGCCUCUAGUGGCUGCCUGGAAGACAAUAAAUACAGGUGUGUUUAACCUAUUGCAGUUUACAUUAACUGAGAUUAAGUGGGCUGCGUGACUUGAGUGGUUCUUUAAUGUCUGAUUCUCCAUAGUUUGCGGAGAGUAUUUGUGGCAGCUACAUCAUCCCCACGACUGUAAGUACUUUUAGCACUGACAUGAAGAUUCUCAUCUACAAUAUAUGUGGUUGCAAGUUCACCUUACGGUAGACUAUUAGACAAAAAAGUAUAUCUCCAAAGUAAGUAAACCUUGUACUCAAGCUAUAUUAUAAACUCGUUGCAGGGUACCAGAUAAGUAGCCUUUAAAUAUAUACAUUCAAAAAAUGAUCUGCGCUUGCAGACUUUCCAAUGAGUUUCUCCCUUUACUACUUCAUUGUAAAGUUAAAACUGCAUCAUCAAUGUAUGUGUUGACGUUUCGGUUCUGUAUCGAAACAUUAUUCAGAACAACUGUUUGUUUGGGAUACUCUGAGCACCAAAAUCGCUGCUCACUGCUACAUUCUCUGCCAUUUAGGAUGUUGUUAUUGGCAUUUAUAUAGGGCCAACUUGUUUAACAGUGUUUUGCAAUUAUAUAAAGGGGGGAUUUAAUAAUAAAUGAGACAAACUAUUGCAGAAUUUGACAGGAACAGGUUGUCGAGGACCCUGCUUGAAUGAGCUUUCACUUUGCUUAAACAGUCCUAACCACACCUAACUCUUCCUAUUCACUCCUUCCCGACAUUAGGACGUUCCAUGUUGGUCUUAACAGAGUUGGCUUUCACGCCAGAGUUUUGGUGUAACAAGGGUUAAAUAUCUGCUCACACCGGGGAGUACCAGGUAUCAAUUGACACCUCGGAUACCACCUUAUCAGCUGGCACUAUAUAUAAUGAUCCCAUACUAACAGAUGAACUGCAAACCGCGAUCAAAAUUAGCGCUUUAUACAGCCUUUUAAAUAGAUUAUUACGUUCACACCAGGGAGACCCAGAUAUCAAAUGGUUUGAUUUCUUACCUGGGGUAUGGCCAGCGUCACUCCCCUCCUUUACCAUGGAGAAAUGGAGGUUCCUUAACAUGAACUUCAUUUGGCUCAUUGGUUGAAAGCAAUCAGCUGUCACUCAGCCAAUGAGCUAAGCUCUUAAUGCAUAGCUUAGUUCGGGAGAGCUAACAGAUGUUCCUAGUGAGCAACUUCAUGUCUCUAGCCAUGCAAAUGGAGGUAGUGAGCAGCUCCCAGUGGACCCCCAGUUCAAAUCGAUUAAAAACAAUUUGACUCCUUAUAAUGGGACGGGGCCACCAGGGCACUCUUGGAGUGUGCGUUUAUUUUUGCUGAAAAAUAUGAGCUUUUCAGUGGACAUUUGUCUUCUCUACUAUUGCAUUGCUGGAAGUUUUGGGAUUGUGCUUGUGUUUUGGUUUUUUUCCCCCAAGUUGUUAAUGCAUUAUCCAGGGAAGUAUGAGUUCACCUUCCUUGUAAUUUGAUGACAAUUUUUUUUUUUUUUUUUUAAAUUUGACAAUUUUUAUUUAUUUUGUCAGUAAGGCAUGACAAUUUUUUAUAGCACGCUAUAACGAUUGCCAUACUUUGUAGGUAUUGUGGAUAUUACCACUUGUAUGUUAGCUACAAAUGUGGGCUUAGUUAAUAUGUUAAUUUAAUGUAGAUGUAGAAUUUCGCAGGAAUUCCAGAUUUUAUUUUUUACUCAAUGCUUGCCUAUGGACAUCCAGUGUCUUCUCACUGUGAUUUUCACAGUGAGAAUCACGGAAGCGCCUCUUCACUUAUACCCUCUCUAAGGUCUAGAACCUGCUACAUACUGUUCCAGGUAAUUUGCGUAGUUAGGGGCUCCUAUGUAUGUACAGAACUCUCUGGCUCUGUAUUUGAGUCUACAAAUGAACUCUGUACUGCAUGGGAUUAUAGAGAUAGUUACCACAGACAUGGCCAAUGUGUGGUACAUGUGGUAAUGAUGUGCAGUCUAUCUGUUCCAAUUGUCACUUUUUUUUUUUCUGGCCUAAGUUUGUCAUAUGCUAUGUUAGGGAUGGCAGUGUUUAUACAGCUAUUUUAUGUGGCCAUUUUCCUGGGAACUGAUUAAUAUGCUGUAUCUGUUAAACCAAUGAAAAUACCAAUACCAGUUGAAGGUCCCAAUCAAUUGUUGUGAACAUGGGCGGUAGUGCUUGUACUCCAACAUAGUACUUGCACCCAAUCUGCUUCCUAACAGUUUGUUGAGGGAGCCUGGAAUGCUUCAGCCCCAGACCCCGAAGCUUGACCAGACUCUUCCAUCCGACCAGACUCUUCCAUCCGACCAGACUCUUCCAUCCGACCAGACUCUUCCAUCCGACCAGAUAUUGUCCCUUCUGCCUAUUUCUCUGCAGAUUUCCUUCCUGGUAGGAAUGCACCUCUGUCUGCAAUGUGAUUGAUUGAUUUGACAUGACAUGAAAAGCUUUAUUUUUACUUGGAACUAGCCCAUAUAAUAAUAUUAAGCUAAAGUAAACAGUAAACACAUAACACCAACUCAUGAAAAGAAACAUACAGACACAAAUAACAACAUAUUAAUAAAUGGGUGGGAUAGACAAUAACCAACAUGAAAUAUCUCUCCUGCUUACAGAAACCACAAUAUACAAAUCUAACUGACUAUGCAAAUUAACAAGCCUUGCUAUUAAGGUAGUGCAUAUUGCUGUUGCUACCAACAGGUGACACUUUACAGGCACCACAGCCAAAUCCAGAGUUGGUAGCAAGAGCUAGCAGGACAGGAGAGCACACAAAACAUCUAACAAUAAAACAACAAUACACACCCUGCACCUAUAAUGGGCACAGGGUGUCUUAAACAUAGGAGUAGUCCAGCGUCCUACUUAAAGUGACCAUAUAAAAAUCCAGUUGAUGGUGACUGUCACAGAACCUCUGCUUUUUGGGCAAUUGUAAAUCAAGUUGUUUUGACCUAUUAUUUUUAUUGAAAACCAGCUGGUUGGCAUACUGCAAGCUACAAGACCUACUUUGGCAUUAUACAACCACCGUUUUAGUAUAAUCUGUCCUUUUUUAUUAUUCAUUUACGUGUCAUAGUAGAAAAAGCACUGGAAUUGCACAACUGAUGCUGUUUCUUAAAAAUGCAUUCUUGCAGAUUAUAUAAGACCUAGCAUGAAAUUAUGUCUGAGUCACACAUACCCCCCAGAACUACUAUUUUAUGUUAAGUUGAAUAAUACAAAUUUUGAGAGCCUCAUACAAUUGGUUAUCUGUGGAUUGUUGAGCACCUGACAGACAGCUUGCCAUUUAAAUGUUCAUGAACCAGUAAUUUGCAUGGUUGAUUAUGUAAAUAUAAUACAAUGGAUCACAUACUUAUUUCAAUGUGGCACAUUGACAGUUUGCAAGUGCUUGAGUUUAGAUUUCAUUACUGGGUUCUAAGAGAGCAAGCUUUGCUGAUGAGAGCAUAAGUCUGUAAGCAUCCAUUUUUCUAAAAUUAAACCUGAUGCUCCAGUCUGUUAUGGAAGUUAUAUAUUUUACUGUAAAGCAGUAAAUAAAUUUUUUUGGGUAACAUAUUACAAAUAAAUGUAAUAUAUUUGAUUUUUUUUCACCAAUAGCAAUAUAUAAAGUACGGAGUUUGGCAUUUAUUGUAUUGUUCUAGCUAAAUUUGUAGUGUUUGUUUGCAUAACAUCAAUUUUAUAGGAUAUUUAUUUUUGUAUCUCUUUGAAACAAAGACGACUUGCAUAAUGAUUUAGUAUGACACUUGUUUUUUUUUUCUUAUUAUUUUCUUGGUUGACUAUCCAUCCCAUCUAUUGUUGUACCAUUGGUAGUUUCUCCCAUCUCAUCUGCAGCUCUCUCCAGCUACAUCAAAGUUGUUAUUGGUCUCUUCCCUUUAUCAUUUUUUUUUUGUCUGCAUAAUGUCCUCCUUAUUUAUAUACUGAGUUUUGGUCUUGGACUUGGACUUCAGUCCAUUGUAGUUGUGCCAUAUUCUUUCCAUUUUGAUAUUUAUAUUUCAUAAUGUUGCUUAUUUAUUUAUUUGUAAACAAACUGCUUUAGGAGAUAGUUUGUGUGACGUGUGUUUUUUUUUUUUUUUUUUUUUUGGUGGUUUUGUUUAUUCUUACCAAACUUUGGUUAGUGCUCUAACAGAUCUUUAUUUCAGAUUUGUUUUGAUUGCUUUGUGACUUCUGGAGGAAGUUUGUUUAGGAAUUUUGCAGCAAUAAGGGUAAACAUUUCACAAACCAACAAAUGUGUUUUUUAGAGUUUUAUGUUAUAUUUAGUUGGUUUUUUUUUUGUGUUUUUUUUUGUUUAUGAUAAACCUAUUUUGCACCUUCACAAAAAACAAACGUUUGAAAUGCUUAUUUAAAUCAAAUUGUAAACCCCCCUUUAUAAUCUAUUAGUACAAAAUGUGCAAUCGCUGUUGAAUAUUUACCAGGCAAUAUAUUUGCAUUUAAAGUACAACUGUAUACAAAAUGGAAAAUAUUAAUACAACUGUAAAUUGAAUGUUAUUGAGAAUAAUUUAAGCAAAACUGUGCAUACAAGGCUUUAAACACAUGUUAUUUAUUUAUUUAUUUUUAAUACUCCUUUAUUUUGCCAAAAACCCAAGUGGUAUAUCCAGCACAUUAGUGUGAUCACUAGUUGGUGCCCUUAUCCUAAUAUAUAAUUAUUAAUCUGUGUCCCAGCCCAUCCAGUUGGCUAACCAUAACUUUGCUCAUUUCGUCUACCUGUGCUUCCCUAUAGUCUUUGUCAUUCAACUAGCAGAAAAGAGAAAGAAGAAAAAAUAAAUUGCAAAUGAGUUUUUAUUAUAAUCUUGAAUAAACUGUAUAUUCCAUAUUCAAGUGAUUUUCUGUUCUUGUAUAUCUAUAAAGGGCUAUUUUGUCACAGUUAAAUCUAUAGAAUGCUAUUUGAUUUUAUAUAGGAUUUUAAAAUGGCCUUAUCCUUGCUUGGUUAUACAAACAGUCUGUGGAAUAACAGAUAAUAAAAUGAGCAUAUAUCCACAAUAUCCUUUUCUCACAUGUGGCAGAGAUAGAAGAGUAGAUUCUGGAGUUGCCAUGGCAAGUGAACAAUUUUCUUCUAAUUUCUAGUGAAUUGCACAUUAGGCAAAAUGCACAAACUCCUGUUGGACCAGGCCAUCUAAUCUAGUGAAUAAGCCCAGCUUUUUCUUUUGAUGCUUAUUCUUAAUUUCAUUUUUAAAUACCGGUAGUUUUUUUUGCAACAUAUGUAUUUAGUUUUUUUAUUAUUAUUUUAUAUCCCCAUUAUCUGGUGAUAUAACCACAAAGCAAUAUUGUGCGUUUACAUACAUUGUAAUUGCAUUGCUAUUCUUCCAAUACUUAUUUUCACCAUUAUGCAAUAUAUCAUAUGGGUCAAAGUAAUAGAUGCAAUUCUUCAGUUCGGUAGCAAAUUAAUAAAGAAAAUUCAUGCUGGGUCCCAUAUACAGAUUUAAUGUACAAGAUGAAAUGUAACUUUAAUCUCACCUUUUCAUUUUAUUUUUUUUAAAUUUAUUAUUUUUUUAAAUUACUCAACAGUGCAACAAAUAUUGACUAGAAAGUUAACAUCAUAAUAUGGAAAAUGUAGAGGUAGUAACUAAAAAAUCUCAAAUAUAAAGAAACCGAGAAGCUGUAGCAUGUUCCCUUUACACAAAAGACAGAUACAUUGAAUGGGAAUGUGUGUGAUUUCUUUUGUAGGUGUCCACCUCUUGGGGGCUUAAAAGAUAAGUUUUAUUUACCCUAUGUUCUGUGGCACGCUGGUUUCUGUAUUGCCGUUCCACCUUUCUGGCUGAGGUCUUUAAGAUCCGUGAUCUCAACCAAGCCAAUGCUUGCCCAUUGGAAAGCCGGUGCGCUUGUGUAGCAACAUUCCUCCUUGCCCCAAACAAAUGAUCUGUAGGAGAGUUAUUUAAUCUGUAGCAUUGGUUUUAUCUGCAAAAGCUCUCUUAGUGGACUUCUUACUGACAGCCCUUAGAGGCAUGUUAUGCCUGCAAUGUCCUGCAGAACAACAGUGUUUUCGGUUGCAGGGUUAAACAGACUGGGACAUGACACACGGACCAAUUCCUGAGAAGGAGCGUUCUAGGUGCCUAUAGAGUUCCUUUAACUGGAACCUUUUACUGUCUGUGCGUGCCUCCACAGAAUUUAAAAAUGUGCUUGGUUUAGCCCUGUGGCAUUUGGGAAUAAUGCUAUAGUUGCUGCAAUAUUAAGAAAAAAAAUACUGUGAUGGGGGGGAAGGGGGUGGGGGGUGGAGCAUAAAACAUGUCUACCAUCUAAACUUGUGUAUCUUUUACCUAGAAUGCCUCGUACAGUGGUUAUUUUUGUGAUUCAGAGAAUUGUACUGAAAAUGGUCAAAAAAUGUAAUCUUGCAUGCAAUACUCCAAUUCAGUCUGUAUGGUGGACUGUGUUUUUCCUUGCCAGAUUCUACACAAGACUAGUCUUUUCCAAAAAGUUAGAAGAAAGAUUUUCAAAGACAAUACUUGACAUUGUUUCCUUUUUCCUCUUAGAUGUUCAUGGAUAAAUGCGGUCAUCCAGUUUGUGACAUGAAUGUCAUUGACACAGAUAAAGAACCAAGAUAAUUAGAUUCUACUUUUUUGGAAAAAUAGGUGAGUGAGUUUGCUUGGCAGAUGUUUUGUAAUAGUCAUGUGGAGUCACGUGGUAACAGAGAUUUCAUAAUGUUUGACUGAUACUUUCUACUAAUAUCGCUCCGGGUUGACUUGGUUAAUUGGAAAGCAUUCUGUGGUUGCUUGAAAGGCAGUGAUACCAUAUGGAACUUGCCUUCAGCAGUUUUAGUAAGGGGGGACAUACUCUUACCACUACAGCUGAUUAUAGUGGUUAUGGGGCUUCUGUAGUUUUCAUAAAAUACAUAAGGUAACGUUUGGACUAUAUAUUUUUUUUUCCCCUUCUUUACAGCAGUAAAGAUGGCAAAACUUGACAAUGGGUGGAGCUUAAAGCAAAGUUCUGUUUUAGUUGGCAAUCAAAUUUACCCACAAUCCAAGAAUAAAAGUAAUCCCACAGUUGGGCAAACAUCAGACAUCAUGGGACAGAGGAGAAAAAAUAGCUGCGCCCAUAUAUUAAAAUCUGGCACGUGACAGGGAAGGGAGUAUAAUCCUUAAAGGACCACUAUACUGCCAGGAAAACAAACUUGUUUUCCUGGCACUAUAGUGUUACCCUCAUGGCCCCCCUCCCGCCGGGCUCUAGGGCGAGGAAGGGGGUUAAAGGCUUACUUUUCUCCAGCGCCUGGGGACUUUCCGCCCUCUUCCGACGAAUGCACAUGCGCGAGAGCCACUCGCGCAUUCAGUCAGUCCAUAGGAAAGCAUUCUCAAUGCUUUCAUAUAGACACUGGCGUCUUCUCACUAUGAAAAUCACAGUGAGAAGCGCUUCUUGCAGCUAUCAUUUUUACUAGACAGCCACCAGAGGCUGGAUUAACCCUAGUGUAAACAUUGCCGUUUCUCUGAAACUGCUAUGUUUACAGUAGGCAGGGUUAACCCUAGAUGGACCUGGCACCCAGACCACUUCAUUAAGCUGAAGUGGUCUGGGUGCCUAUAGUGGUCCUUUAAGAUUCAAGGGCCAUAACAAAAUAAAAAAGAAUCAUGACAGGGCUGCUUUAAGACCCUGUUUUCUGUAUCUAAAUGGGUUUAUAUUUAGAGAUGGCCAAAUGAUGCAUUGGGCAGACAGAUUCUUUAGCCAACUGUUGUGUUUUCGUGAUAUGAGCAACAAUUCUAGUUGUUCUAAGUAUUGUCCUACAUACCCAUAUAAUCAGCUGGAAAACAUAGAACGAGCUGUUAGCACUGUUUCGUCAUUAUGUUCCCAUAUUCAAUGAUAUUAUUGCUCCUAACUACACCGUAGUAUUAAUUCCACCGUGAUUACAUGAACACAAGGUGAUGUUAGAUGUGUCUCAUGGCAUCCCACAUCAAAAUAUCACUGAAUCUUUACAAAUUGAGGUGUGCUGAGUAGAUUGCCACUUCCUUCAUCACUCCAAAGAAAACAGUAGGCUUUCCUUCAAAAAUCAUACAACAUACCAGUACAAACAGUUCAAGACUUGCAUAACAGCAUUCCAGAUGGGAUUAGUGCUGUUUGUUGUAAUCAGUCUACUGCCUAUAAACAUAAUUGCUCCUCUCUAGCAGAUUGAAACAUGACAUGGCUUGAUAUAUGCAAGGUUACUCUUUAUCUACAUAUACAUGGUCUACCUGCCACCCUGAUUAGCUUUAGUGGGUUUAGUUAAAGGAACACUUUAGGGUAAGGAAUACAAACAUCUAUUCCUGACCCUAUAGUGUUAAAAACAUUAUUUAGCCCUCUUUCCCCCCUCAUAUGUAGCUCAUGCCUUACUUCCAGUGCUGUGCUCGAGCUGGCCCCCCUUGGCUGAGCUAACCAGAAUUUAUGUUUUCAGCCUGUCCAAUGCUUUCCCAUAGGAAAGCAUUGGGAUGCUAUUGCACAUGUGUGGCAAAAUGCCACACUUUGCCUAUCAGCAUCUUCUCAUAGAGAUGCGUUGACUCAGUGCAUCUCUAUUGGGAAAUUUUGGUGCCUCCAUGCAGAGCAUGGAGACUCUGAAUAUCAGUGCUGCACAUUGUGCAGCACUGAGCCAGGAAGCACCACUACUGUCCGUCUAAGUCACUGCAACUGGAGGUUGUCCCUGAAGAGGCAGUGUUUACAGCAAAAAGCCUGCAGGGGCUGGCUAUACUCACAAGAACAACUACAUUAAGUUGUAGUUGUGCAGGUGACUUUAAUGUCUUUUUAUAACUGUUUUUAAGUGAAAUGUAGAUCAUAUCCGCUAACUGAGCACAAAAGUCUCCAGCUAGAUUGGAGACAUUUCCUGAUUUUGUUACUUUGGUUAUUCUGUUGCAUAUCUGCUUUUAUGGACAGUAUAGUUACCAAAACAACUUAAGCCUAAUGGAGUGUUCUUGCUGUAUAGAUCAUGCCCCAGAUUUCUCACUGCUCAAUUUUCUGCAAUAUUGGGCAGUAAAUCACUUUUUGUUUAUGCAGCCUAGUCACUCCUCCCCUGGCUGUGACCUGUACAGCGUCUCUAAACAUUUCUAGUAAAGACAGAUCUAAUGUUUAAACUUACUUGAUUGCACAUCCUUUUUAAUUUAGAAUUUCUUAUUGCCUUAUCUAGAGUCUGCAUGAGCCUCCUGUGCAUGAUUAAAGUUCAAUUAACAGAACAAGAGAGAGUGUCUAAAGUAAUCGCAUGGUGCUGUCACAUCUAACUGAAAAUGAAACUAUUUUUUUCCAUGCAGACUAUGUGAUUCACAGCCAGUGGAAGUGUAUCUAAAGCUGCCUGAAGAGAAACAAAUGUGAUGUAACUUGUAAAUGGCAGUGAAUUGAGGAGUGAGACUGCAAGGGGUAUGGAUCUAUACACAAAGACUGCUUGUUGUUUUGAUGCCUAGACAGUAUCCCUUUAAAUGUUCUGUUUACCGAACAAACCUGGAUUUGUUUAGGUGUUUGUUUUGAGGGGAGGUGGGUGUUUUAUUUAUAUUUAUAUUUAUUUAUUUAUAUAUAUAUAUAGUGUUUAUUUACUUUUUCUCCCCAUUUGCCAUUUAAUGUUUGCCCUUUGUAGCUUACAAUAUAUGUGUUUACCAUUAUCCCAUUUUGGUCUCUCUUUGCCUGUAGAACGGGCUGGAUAUGUCGUUUAUUCGUCCUUUGUUCUUUCAAUAUAACCUCACACAUGUUUACCAAGCAGAGUUCAAACCGUGUGUGUGCUUGUUUUGACUAUUUAUAGUUGCUGUAAAUUCUGUCAUGCCUUUAUAGCUUCUUCUUUCUGUAAAGCAAAUGUAAUUUACUACACAGGAGAUGGCCACAAACCAUAAACACAGCCCAAAUAUACAUGUGACUUGUGAGAUGACAUAAUGGGGUCUUUUUUGUGUUUUCUCUCUGUAGUGUGCCAUAAGCUCAAUUUAUGUGACCUAUUUUUUUUAUUUUUUUUUCUCCAAGCAUAAUUUUUGUAGCAAUAAGCACGGCAGGGUAUUUAUAGUAUCUUUUUUUUAAUAGACAACAUUGUGUCUAAAUGCUCCUGUACUUUGCAAAAUUAAGAACAAAUGUCAAUUUAUGGAAGUAGGUGCAACUGUGUUCUUGGAAAAAGUGCAGUAGCAUAUAUUGUCAUCUUAUUUCUCGUGCAAUGACUUUUCAUGUCCUUUCAUGUUUUGUUGUGACAACAUUAAUAUGCAUUUAAUUUUGUCUGCACAAAGUAGUCCAUAUUGAAGUGUCAUUUUAAUUUUAUUUUACAUUACUUGAAAAAAAAAACAUUUUUUAUAUAUAUAUCUAUAUAUAUAUCUCUGAAGGGCAGCUGAGGCUCCUAAUUAAACUCUAGUACAACCUUCUGCCAUUGAAAAUGUCAAGAUAAGUGGAAUAGAGUCUGCCUGUUUGGAAUAUAGUGUUACACAGUCAGUGUUGGAUUAAAUAUACCUUUUCAGAAAGCAAAACUUAAUGGAAGGGUGGCAAGAAGAAUUCUUUGGUUAAAGAAAAGAAAAUGAAUUUCUUUGAAUUAUGCUAAAUGGCCUAAAUGUGUGAUAUACUGCAAACGUGAGAAGUUUUGACUUUAAUAAAUGGAAUAUGUUGGGCAUCGCUCACAAUGAGCAGGGGUUUUGUACAAUGUUGUACAGGCAAGUGCACUGACUGAUUCAAAGGAUAAAACUAUAGUUUAGAUGAAAACACAUUACAAACACAUUUUCCUUGCAAGAUUACACUUUGUUACAAAUCUUCCGUUCUGAAUGAACAAAAAAUGCACAGUGUCCGAAACUUUUCUGAUAAUCCUGAUCAUCCUAUUUUAUUGAGAUAACAGCAGUAGCACAUAAAUCCUUGUGUUUAUUGGAACACACACGUGUUCUAAUCUGCUCGCUAGUUCUCAGUUAACGGGAUACUCUUGGCAUCAAAACAACUGUAGCUUUAAGGGACACUAUAGGUUUAAAAAACGUUUUUUGAUGUAUAGAUCAGGUCCCUGCAGUCUCUCUGAUAAAUUGUCUACAAUUUAGGAGUUAAAUCACUUUGUUUAUACAAGUCUGGUUACACCUCCCUACUUGCACAGCCUCCCUUAGCCCUUCCUGAACAGGAACCUAUGUAUUUUAUGUUCCUGUAUUGCACAGUCUGUUUAAUUUAGAAUUUCUUAUUUCCUGCUCUGUUAAUUGUCUUGUGGGCCCUACAGGAGCCUCCUGUGUGAGAUUUAAAGUUCAAUUUAUAGAACAGAAGAUAACUUCUUAAGCAAGCUAAUGUUUGAAAAUGUGAAUCGAAUUGAAUGCUUUCUUAAGAGCUGCGGUUGAUAAUGUGAUGUCGAAGAGACCGGUUUGUACUUGGUCAUUGCAGCGGAAGUGCCUGUAGUGGCUGUCAACCCUUCAAGUUAAACAUUCUAUCUUCUGCAAAUGGGUUUAAAGGGAACAAUCUGAGCACCAAUACAUUUGGUAGAUUUUGACCUUAUUACUAUGCUGCAUUUUUUUCCAUGUUAAAAUCUUUAUAGCUUUUGCACAACAAAAGAAAUGUUUUAGAGAAUUCUGCACCAGAUGCCUUGCUCGUUGGCCAAGACCUCUCAUGCCAGAAAGAUAGAGAGAUAUAUAGAGAUAGAGAUAGAUAUAUAUAUGUUUAUUUUUUUUUUUUUUAAAGAAAACACGCAAUGUGAUUUUUGGCUUUAUACAUUUUUUUUAAUACGUUGUGGCAGGCUUAUGCAAUGUAUGAUCAUAUACUAUUUUUUUUUUUUUUUUUGCCUAGAUUAGGUGUUUAAAAAAUAAAAAAAAGAACACGUAUAAAAUCUGUGAGCUUUAAAGUUUCUGCUGUUUAGUGGAUGAGUGAGUGUGCUGGAAUAUAUAUAUAUAUAUAUAUAUAUAUAUAUAUAUAUAUAUAUAUAUAUAUAUAUAUAUAUAUAUAUAUAUAUAUAUAUAUAUAUAUAUAUAAUCUCAUCUAGAGAGAAAAAUGUCUGUCAGCAGGGGCGGACUGAGAACCCUCAGGGCCCCCGGGCAAAAUAAAUCAAGGGCACCCUUACAGGCCCCACCCAUACUCUGCAGCAAGCGCCACCCUUGUCCCGCCUCCAUGCACCGCCUCCAGCCACACCCUACACAAUCUUUAGACACAAGGAACAAAAGGGCAAUAAGCCCUUCGAGGCCCCAGUAGAGACUACAAUUGAGGGCUAAUGGGCCAUGGAGGGGGGUCUUUCUAGCGGAGGCUAUCUCAGUGUCCUUUAGAGAGUGUGUUAGAAAGAAUCCCCUCCAAGCCCCAUUAGAGACUACAAUGGAGUCUAAAAGGCUUGGAAGGGGGUCUUUCUAACAGAGGCCAUCUCAGCGUCCAUUAGAUAUCCCCUGCUGGAAACAGUCGCCUCCAGGCCCCAGUAGAAACUACAAUUGAGGGCUAAUGGGCCAUGGAGGGGAUUUCUAGCAGAGGCUAGAGUCUAAUGGGGCCUGGAGGGUGGUCUCUCCAACACUCUGGUUCCUAUUCACAAUAUAGCAACACAACAUAGCUCGCUGAUACCUAAGCCAAGUUGGCUCCUCUUACCUUAAUUACUGUUGCUGGCUGGCAGUCUGUGGGCUUGCUGGCUGCGGCUGGCAGGCUGUGGGCUUGCUGGCUACUGCCGGCAGGCUGUGGGCUUGCUGACUGCGGCUGGCAGGCUGCGGCUUGCUGGCUGUAAGCCUGUGGCUUGCUGUAGGCCUGUGGGCUGGCUACUGGCCUGUGGGCUGGCUAACUGGCUGGCUACUGGCCAGCCUGUGGGUUGGCUGGCUGGCUACUGGGGCACUUGUAGAUUAUUUAAAGAAAUAAUCCAUGCACAAUAACCACUACUGCUCCAGAGUAAGUAGUCAAACCGUUUAAGAACAGUUUGACAACUUACCUGGGGUCUGCUGGGAUAUGGGGCUGUAGUAGGGAAUAGAAGCAGUGGUGCAAUGUGUGUGAAAGGUUCAGUGUUUGUGUGUGGGGGUGUGUGGGCAGUGUAUGUGUGUGGCAAUGUUAGUAUGGGGGUCUGUGUGUAUAAGGGUGGGCAGUGUGUGUGUGUGUGUGUGUUUGAGGCAAUGUGUGUAAAUGUGUAUGGUGUGUGUGUUGGGGCAGUGUGUUUAUGGGGCUAGAGUCUCACCACUGCGACCACCAGGAAUCCAUGGGGGUUACAGUGUUGAGAGUGAACUCUAGCCCGUAGCUCCAGGGCUAGAGUUGACUCUCGCAAGAGCAGUAACGUUGCCAUGGUAACCGCGGCAACGCUCUGUGCUCGCGCAAGAAGGACCCAGAGGAGCUGCAGGGUGAGCUCCCAGGUCCUCUCUUCCUCCCCUGCCCGCACGGUGCCUGCGGACAGGGGAGGGGGGGCAUUCUUCCCUCUCUUUCUCCCCCCUCCCCAUCUCUCUAUUCCCCCUCUUUCUCCCCGUGUCUCAUUCUUCCCUCUCUGUCUCCCCAUCUCUCUAUUCCCCGUGUCUCAUUCUUCCCUCUCUGUCUCUUUCUCCCCCUCCCCAUCUCUCUAUUCCCCCUCUUUCUCCCCGUGUCUCAUUCUUCCCUCUCUGUCUCCCCUGUGUCUCCCCUGUGUCUCAUUCUUCCCUCUCUGUCUCUCUCCCAUCUCUCUUGUCUCUAUUCCUGUGUCUCAUUCUUCCCUCUCUUUCUCCCCAUCUCUUUGUGCCUCUAACUACUCCCCUUCCCCAUCUCUGUCCUCCCAUCUCUCUAUUCCCCCUCUUUCUCCCCUCCCAUCUCUCUGUUCCCCUCUUUCUCCUUCCCCAUCUCUGUCCUCCCCAUCUCUCUAUUCCCUCUUUCUCCCCUCCCAUCUCUCUGUUGCCCCUCUUUCCUCGCCCCUCCCAUUUCUCUGUGUUUCCACACCUCUUUUCUCCUCCCCAUCUCUGUUUCACCUCCCAUCUCUCUGUUCCCCUCCCCCAUCUCUCUGUUCCCCACCUCCCCAUCUCUGUUCCCCCCUCUUUCUCCCUUCCCAUCUCUCUGUCCUCCCCAUCUCCUCUGUUCCUCUUUCUCCCCUCAUCUCUCUGUGCCCCUCUUUCUCCUCCCCCAUUUCUCUGUUUCACCUCUUUCUCCCCUCCCCAUCUCUCUGUUCUCCCCAUCUCUCUUUGUUUCCCCCUCCCCAUCUCCUCUGUUCCCCUCCCAUCUCUCUGUUUCCCCCCACUCCCCCAUCCUCUCUGAUGUUCCCCCCCUCUUUCUCCUCCCGUCUCUCUGCUUCGCCCCUCUUUCUCAGGUCUGAGGCCUGCCUAAAUGCUGGAGCCGCCCGGACUGGGUGACGGCCUGCGCCCGGUCGGUGACAUUCCUCUCACUAACACUGGAAGGGAGGGAGGGAGGGCAUGGGUCUGUCAUGCUCGCUUCUGCGGUUUCCCACAUCCUGUGCUGGGGAAUUGUGGGAACGCCGCGGGAGCAUGACGACACGUAGCUUCCUCUCGCUGCUCUUCAGUGUUGAUGAAGGAAUACCGCUCCCCAAUCAAGCCCUGCCUGGCCGGGCCCCCUGAAGGCGCCCUGGCGGCGGCCCCCCUCCCGGCCGCCCUCGGACCGGUCAGUCCGCCCAGUCCGCCCCUGUCUGUCAGCCAUGCUUUCAGCUUGGCAACGCUAACCUUAAAAUUGUGUGUGUAUUCCCUUCUUCUGCUUAUAUAAUAGUUUUAAAUUUAAACUAGUUAAAAGUUGAUCGUUGUCAGCAAACAGCCACACACAUUGUUUGUUUUUUUAUGGAUUUUUUGUAAAUAAAAUUAUUUGUUUUUCCUGUGUAGAGAUAAAAAAAAAAAAAUCAGAACAGGAUUUUUGACAUCAUGAGGUUUCUGGGAAAAUUUUAAUGGAUAUACAUUGCACGCUGAAGCUAAAAGAAUGCAGCAUAUAAAAGGUAAUGUGAAAUUAAUUUUGUGUGUGUAUAUAUAAAUAUCUGUGGGGCUGAAGAUUUCCCCUUACCCUGUCUGCAUUGAUAAGUAGAAACUGAGCUCUAGCAAACUGGUGUUGGUGGAUAAGAGCUAUUUAGUGAGACUAUCCACAGGCAGGGGCUCCCCAGGAACCAGAAUGUCACUGGUUUCUUCCCUCCCAUUGACAGCCACAUAUAAUCAUCUGGAUCCAGGACAAAAGCUGUUGCAGGCAAUACAGAGUACACAUGUGGAAAGCUGAUAUUCAUCGAUUAACACAACUUUGUAGUAGUUAUGUGCAAUCUCACUUUCCGACAAAGCCAGGCACUCAGGGACAAUGUUAAUAAGUCCGUACUCAAACACAGCUCCUUGAAGAAUACAUGCGGGUGCAGUCCCUUUUCUGCUGGCAGAUUUAAGCAACAAAAAGGGUCCUGAUCGAAUAUAUGUAAGCUAAAUUGACUGACUGCAUGAGAAUGUUGGGGCAGAACGAAUUGGUGUGGGAGUUGCACAUAAACCUCUCCAGUUCUUCACACAAAUGUACCCCUACAUUGACACACACACACACACACACACACACACACAAUUAUUCUGACAAAACGUGAAGGGGAAAAAAAACUGUUAGGACUUACCUUUUUGGGGAGGGAUAUGUGUAUGUAUGUAUUUUUGUAUAAAAUGGAAAAUCAAUUUAUUAUAUUUAUUCUCUAGGAGUAUUGAUGGACUUUGCUGUCCCUCAGCUGCGAGAACUACAAGCUUCCUGAGUGAAGUAUUGUAUAAGAGCAGAGGUUUUUAAGCCUUCAUAUUUAACGUGGGAUCUCGACAAAGAAUGGGAUGGAAACCCAUGAAAGAUUCUUUUGAUUUGGUUAUAAACUGAGCAGUAUUCCACAAAUGCACUUUGUACAGUUAACAGAACUGUACAGAAUCGGUCCUCUUGGAGUCAUGGUCACAUAUGGCAUGUCAACAUCCUCUUUCUGUUGAUACCUUGGAAGUUUUGCUAGCAAAAAAAUGAAUGGAGGAAAGGUGUGUGAUGGAGGAGACAAUAACAGUGUCCCAUCAGCAGUGCAGGUUCCUGUAGGGUGGCAGCGGUGUGUGGACCAGAAUGGCGUGCUCUAUGUUAGGUAAGUGUUAUUGAUGCUGCAUUAUUUAUUCCCUCCAAUUCCGAAAGGUAAUGGAAAAAACACCUAAAUACUGUACUGAACUGUCAACGUAAGCUCCAAGCAAAGGCUUGGAAAUAAUUAAGACUAAUGUGCAAAAAGAACUGAAAGUCCCAAUGCGGUUCCUAUGCGGGGGGGGAAUUAUGGCCUUGUAUCUGGAUAAACCAACAAUAAGCCAAAUUAAAACUGCGCAUACAUAUAUUGACUCUAACAAUGUAUAAAGGUUCUUCAGUUAUAAGAGUCUUGUAUUUGAAAAUGAAAAAUAAAUAUUUGUCUAUAAAGCAAAAAAAAAGGUUUUAUACUCAAAUAUAUUUUUUAUUUUUAAAUCUGUUAUAACUUAUAUAAGUUUCUAUAACUUUUUACAUUUUUUAGAGUCCAUUUAUAUGUGCAGUUUUAAUUUGGUUUAUUGUUGGUUUAUCCUGAUAUAAGUCCAAGUUUUUGUUUUUUUCACAACCAUCACAAUUAGAUUAGGAUUUUCAAUCCUUAUUGCACAUUAGUUCUGUAUUAAUUUAUUUCAUUUGUCUUUUUAUAUGGUGUAUCAUUGGUGUAUAUGUGAAAGUCUCUCUAUCUAGAUCUGCAGAUAUUAAACUGAAUAGCUGAUUAUGCUUAAAAGAACACAGAAUUGGGAGGGGGGACAUAAUAAAAUGUUAACUGCUUUAUUGUUUGUGCCGAGGCAUAACCAGAAUAAUCAGAGGUUUCUCACUGGGAAACUUUGUUGGCUGGCCUGUCUGGCAGGUGGUGUAACAUGAUUCAAUUAUUACAUUUGUUUUUGAAAAUGGGCACAUUUAUAAAAUAAACAAAAGGGGACACUCUGUUUAGACUGUUGUUAUAACGUACAUGUUCCUGACACAUCUAUGUCUUGUGCGUUUAGUGCUUGGGUACAAAUGUACCUUAGGUUUCUAAGUACCAAUGGCAUGAAUGUGUAAGACCUUGGCCCUGCUUAGUGUUCUCCACUUUCUGCUGUAUAUUUCUGCCAAGUUGACGGCUUUUACAAUGCUAGUUUUUGUUUUUCUUCUUCUUAAUUCUUAGGUUUUUUUUUGCUCAUAUAUCUUUUUUUUUUUUUUUUUCAUGGCUACAUUAAUUGACAAAAAGCAAUCCACUGAAUAACCUCUACUGGCUUUUGACUGGUUUACAUGCCAAUGCAAGCUCACAUCUUCAGUUUUCUUAUUUACAAUUUGUCUCUCUGUGUUAAAAUGGCAUGUGUCUUCAAAUAAACUUUUCAGUGUGUGCCAUAAAUACACUACCUUCCCCAUAGACAGGAUUCACACUGCUAAGUAAUCAUGACCAGUCCAUAAUAUAAUUUUUACUAAAUACUAAGCUUUAAAUUUGUUGAGUACCUGAACCUUGACUUGCUAUAGAUUGUAAAAUUAAUUAAACAUGCAUUCUGUUUACCUGCUAAAAUAAUUAACUACUUACAUCUAGUUUGCAUGUUUUUCAAACAAGUAUUAGUCCUAGGGACCUAUAGCAUUUAAAAAUAAAUAUUUACAAAAUUUAAUAUUUCAGUCUUGUUUGUAGGUUUGCUUCAAAAAAUAAAACAUCUGUUUGAUAGUCACUUUACUUUUUUUGUUUUGUUUUCAGCCCCAGUGGUUCACACCUGUCAUGCCUGGAGCAGGUCAAAGCUUACCUCCUCACUGAUGGGACUUGCAAGUGUGGCCUGGAAUGUCCUCUCAUCCUUCCCAAGGUACUGAUUGUCGAAUAUUUGGGUCUGUUGUUUACUGCUUGAUGGCCUCUGGUUGCACGUGGUAGCAUUUUGGAUAUGCAAUUGUGUUCUUAACAAAUCAAUAUUGUUUUAGGUAUUUAACUUUGACCCUGGAGCAGCUGUGAAACAGAGAACGGCAGAAGAUGUGAAGGCUGAUGAAGAUGUAACCAAGCUGUGUAUCCACAAACGGAAGAUCAUUGCUGUAGCUACACUUCAUAAAAGUAUGGAAGCACCACACCCCUCACUGGUUUUAACAAGUCCAGGGGGUGGGACAAGUAAGUUUGUAAAAAUACAAAAAAACAAAACUGGCCAGUGGGAGAGCAUGGGGAUACAGGUGAAGAAAAAAAAAAAUAUAUAUUUUUUAAAGGGACAUUCUAAGCACCAUAUAACCACUUUAGCCUGUAGUACCAGGUUACUGGUCCUGCAGCCUUAUGUUUGUCAGAUUUGUCAAACUGACAUAAAAGGGCUUCAAAAUGGAGCUUGUAACUCUGCCUACAAAGUUUGUCAGAUCCAGGAGUUAUGCCCCCCAUGAGCAACCUCUUACAAAUCCAAAGAGUGUCUCUGUGAUGAUUGGUGCUGAGCAAGAUCCAUAUAGGGGCAGCAUUUGUAGUUGCAGGCGCCCACUCCGGCAAAGCAGCACCUGUAAGUCGCUUAGCAUGCUUUAAAGCUAGUUUGGCAAAUUGCAUUUAAAAAAUGCAUAGAAACCCUGCUGUAGUAACUCACCCCCUUCCUGAGAACAUCUUCAUGAAUCAUGUCUUUCAAGAAAACCUAGGUGUCUGUGUUCCUAGUAUGAUUUCCUUGGGGCUUGCUUUCUAAUGUCAUGGUAAGGAUCGGAGUCUUUGGUAGAUUUUGUCAUCAACACAGUAUGAAUGAUUAUCAUAAAUAAAAGUUUUUAUAAAAAUCGCUAACAUUUUUAUAGAUUUACGUUUGUAAUAAUAUUUAUAUAGGUUGGCCCUCAACAUUUUCUGUCUGUCACUAUUUUAAAUCUGUAAAAUCACAUGUCAAGGGACAAUGAAGGGAUAUGAAUCCUUUAGGAAUCAAAGUACUUUUAUAUUGAUUAGACAGACAGCGUUAUCAUUAGAUGUAUAGUGCGUACUCUGCAAUAGACUGUCGUUGCAUUUACAGCUAAAUUAUAGUUAAUAAAUAAUUAGACUUGGCAACCAUUAUCAUAUGUACUCCUUCUCCCUGGCAUGCAGGAAGCCCUUUUUAGCCUAGGUUAGCUCCACUUUUAUGCACAAACAUAAAGUGACAUUUGUUUGCGCUUGGAUUUUUAGCAGUAUAUGGAAAGGAUACAUUUAAAACCACGAUGUAUGGAUGUUCAUAGGAAGGUUUUGCUGGAUAUUUCUUUUAUUUUUAGAUUAUCCUUAACCAUAUAUUAAAAAAAAAAAAAUUGGCAUAAUUAACCAGGAGAUCUCUCCAUGACCUAAGCUUUGUAGGUUGUAGUAUAUCAUUGUUGGUAUAUAAACAUUCUCAAGGGUUAUAUUUAGGUAAUUAUUUCUGUUAAUUGCAGAUUCAACUCCCGUGGUGUCUACACGUUCAGCAACACCAAGAUCAAUAAGGAAUAAAUCACACGAAGGAAUUGGAAAUUCCUCUUUGCCCGAAUGUAAAAACCCAUUUAAACUUGCUAUUAAAGAGCACGGCGGAAGUCAACAACAUGAACUUCAUUCUGCUUACCCAAGGCCUAGGUUAGGUAGCAGUGAACAUGGCCAAAAAUCUCCAUUCUGUGGGGGUCACUGUGGCAUGCCAAGUCCAGCUUCAUCAGGAUCACAGGUUUACUGUGAUGGAUCAAUCUCUCCAAGGACAGACCCAUUGGGAAGCCCUGAUGCAUUUACAAGGAGUAAUCCCAACUUCCAUGCCCCACCCAGUUCUAGUCCAGUUCAUGUUAACAGGACUCCAAUAUCUCCUCAAUCCAUGAUGUUGCAUGGUUCACCAGUGCAGUCAUCUUGUGCAAUGGCUGGUAGGACUAAUAUACCUCUGUCUCCCACUUUUACUAGCCCUGUGUUAAAGAAAACCCUAUGUAACUAUUCCGCAAACAUGGAUAUGUCGCGAGCAAUGUUUCACCAUAAACCAUCACAAGCUCCACCUCCGCUUCCUCCACCUCCACCACCAUGUGCUCUUCAGAAAAAGCCAUUAACGUCUUCAGAGAAGGAUCCUCUUGGUAUUCUUGACCCAAUCCCUAGUAAGCCAGUAAUCCAGAACCCUAUCGUCCAUGCAAACACAUUUCAUUCUAGUGUUCACUCUCAGGUACCUGUGAUGAAUGUAAACAUACCACCUGCUGUCGUUCCUUUGCCAAGCAAUCUCCCUUUGCCAACUGUCAAACCCGGUCACAUGAAUCAUAGUAAUCAUGUUCAAAGAAUUCCGCAUUCAGCCUCAACAUCCUUAUCUCCUUCACCAGUGACAUCCCCAGUGCACAUGAUGGGUCCUGGUAUCGCUAGGCUCGAGGUGUCACCCCAAAGAUCACGCUCAUCUUCCACAUCUUCAGAUCAUGGCAAUUUCAUGAUGCCUCCUCUGGGAACACAAGCUUCUUGUGGUGGCAUCAAAGUGCCAGCAAGAUCGCCAAGACCUAGUAUUGGAUCACCAAGACCAUCAAUGCCAUCAAGUCCCUCGACAAAGUCUGAUGGACAUCAUCAAUUCAAAGACAUCCACAACCCAUUGAUAGCUGGAAUGAACAAUGUACUAAAUCCUAUAAACAACUCUGUUUUUCCCUCUUCUUCGGUUGGUAACACCCCAUUAAAGAGUCAGACAGGUUUGCUGGGAAUGCCUUUAAACCAGAUAUUGAACCAGCACAAUGCUGCCUCUUUUCCAGCUAGUAGUUUACUUUCAGCAGCCGCCAAAGCACAGCUAGCAAAUCAAAAUAAACUUGCUGGCAACAAUAGCAGUACUUCUGGAUCUGUUGUCAGCUGUGGCAACAGCGAAGGAACUAGCACUUUAAAUACAAUGUUUCCACCUGCCACGAAUAUGCUUCUACCAACAGGAGAAGGGCAAAGUGGCAGAGCGGCCCUGAGGGAUAAACUUAUGUCUCAGCAAAAGGAUCCCUUGCGAAAGAGAAAGCAGUCAAGUGCAGCAGUAUUGAAUUUACCUAAACAGUCCCAAAUAGAUAAUCCCAGAGUCCAAAAACCAGGACCGGAUAUGAUGAGGAAGCAAGGUCAAAAUGCAUUCCCUAUUAAUCCAAUGUCACAGCUACUCCAAAAUAUGAGUUGUCAAAACACUCACAUGAACAGCAAUAGUACCCCUGGUCCUGAGAAUUUAGUUAUGCCUUGUCCUGCCAAUCAGCUCCACUUCCCUGAAAGUACUAUGAACUCAACUCCUCUUCAUCAUUCGUUGGCACACACCUUACCUAUUAGAGGAGAAGUCACUUCCUGCCAAAAUACCAACACAAACUUUGUUCAUGGUGGAAGUAGUGCUGUUUCGAACAACCAUCUCCCAGGCUUAAUGAAUCCAAUGCAGAACAGUGGAAAUUAUGGAAUGCUAAAUCACACAGGAGCUCCUGCUGGAAACCAUCUACACCUCCAUCCACCCCAACCAAGAAUGCAGAAUUCAUCCAUGCCAGUUAUGACAAACAGCAUUAUUAACAACUGUAGUCAAACAAGUUCAGAUGCAGGUAGAUGUUUGUCAUUUAUAUAUGGUGUUGUCUGUUGUGGUGUUAUUGUUUUUUUUUUUUUUUAGCUGGCAGGAGGGGGGGUUUCUUGUUUGUUUUUUGUGUUUUUCAGGAACUAAAAUUAUAGUUUAGGGAGAGAAUAUUUUGCAUGCCUCUGUUUUUAAACUUUUUACCAGUUUAUUUUUUACUUUUUUUCACCUGCAUACUAGAUGAACAAAAGGGCUCCUCAAUGUGCAGAUUUUACCCGCUCUAAUAAUGGAUAAUAUGACCCCUUAGCUAGAACAGAAGGUGGAAAUGGGGGCUCCAUUUAGAGUCCUUUUCCAAUUACUGAAAACUUAUAUACGCUGUUUCGGGUAAUUGGCGAUUUUGUGGCAAACAUCCUUAACAUAGGGGGACAAUUUCCCCCUCCCCCUUAUAUGAAAGAUCAAAACCUGCAUUUUUAAACAAGGGUACUCUUUGUCCCUCUCAUUGGUGUGGCAUCAGACAAAUCAGCCACUGCAUACAGCCACUUCCACACCACCACAAUGAGAAAGGGCUAGUGCCAAUUGACACUCACUCCCUCACUGCAUGUGAAGUUACCUCUUACUGAAUUGUAAGGUGGCACAUUACUUGGGGCAGUGGUGUCUCAGUUGGUAUACUGAUGAUAAUGCCUUUCAUUAUGCAAUAGAGAAGAAGAAAUGUGGCAGGCAGCACAGUGUUCUUCUCUGUACUGUAUUUCAGAAACAUUGCAGGUGGUGACAGUCAUUACGUACAGUGAAGGGGUUUAUUACCAUAUAAUAGGCACUGUUACUAAAUUCAAUAUCCAGUUAGUCUAGCUAGAAAUUCAAUGGUUUUUUUUAGGGUCAAUGAGGAUUGUGGACCUCCUGGCCAGUACGUAUUAUCACCCAUUUAUCUGACUGCACUUGAACAGAGUGCAGCAUUGUGUGUAUGCGUAACUCACUGUGCAAGAAGCAAGGUUGAAAAAAAAAUUAUUUUGCCUCUUUUUGGGGAGUUAGGGAUACUGGACACAAUCUGCUCAAUAUUUUUUUUUUUUUUUUUUUUCCAACAAGGGAACUAAUAGUGGAUCUGAUCUGGUAAUAUGGCUUCCUGGUGACUGCAACACUUUUCUUCUUUUGUGACUGUGUGUGGCUUUUUAUUUUUAUUUUUUUUGGUGGGGCGGGCUCUUCUCUGUAGGACUCAGUGCAGUGACAGAGUACUAGUACUUUCAGUCCCUCCAUGCUGUAGCAUGAAUAUGCACAUGCUUACUGGGGUUUAGUGCUUCGAAAAUGUUACUAGCUGACAACCGCAGAUUCAUAUGCAGUUUUGAUAUAUUGUUUCUCCCGAUACACAAUAGCUAAGCACAUUGAAUGGAUAUUUUUUUCUGUCUCAAAGGUUUUUAUACGUUUAAAAUGUUGCAGUGGGCAGAUGGUUUUUAACCAGUGGGCAGAUGUAUUUGUCUCAUUGAAUGACAAAAGUACUGCCUUUCCACCAUCGUCUGUUUUUAUUUUUUGACGGCAACGUGAAAUCAAGCAGCUGAAGACUAGGGUCAAUUCUGCAGAGCUUGCAAUCUAAUUGGGUACUUUGAAUGAAGUGUGCAUAUCUGUAACUUUCCUAUUCAAAGUAAAAAAAAAAAAAAUAAUCAGUAUAUCCUUACACAUUUUUUGUAUAAAAUUCUGCCAGUUGCACUGAUGAUUUGUGGUUUAAAAUAUUUUCAUUUUAUUUAAUCGGAAGGACAUUUAUUUAUUUCAUUUUUAUUUAUUUUUAAUUACAUUUUGCUCUUAUUUCAGGGAAUGCGGUACCUCUGUCAUCUGUAGCAAUUGCUGGUGUGGGUCAGCCUGCUAUGACAAAGACAACAUCUGUCCUACAGGAUGGGGUUAUAGUCACCACUGCUUCUGGACCUCCGCUUCAGAGCCAGCUUCCUAUGCCCAGUACUUUCCCUUUUGUUGGAUCAGAGCACCCAGCUCAUUAUCCACAGAACACUACAAACAAUCUUCCGCGUUCCAUGAACUCAAACCAUCUGAAUUCGCUGCCUAUGCCUUUACAGAUGAAUCAACAACAUCUCCUUAAUCAGAAUAUAUUGCAUAUGCUGCAGCCUUCAAUUGGAGAAGGCAAGUCUGAGGUCAACCUCAACUCUUCUACUUUGUUCUACCCCAGUUUUAAAACCGUUUUUAGUUAAUACAUCACAAUGCGCAAUUUUGACCAAGUGGAUUGUUCAACUUUGUUUAAUCUUUAAUUUAAUUUUUUUAAUUUAUUGCAACAAUAUUUUCUCCAUCGUACUGAAAUUCUCCUCGGAUAUAUAUAGAUAGUUACUUAGGGAGGUGUGUGUGUGUGUGUGUGUGUAUACAUAUAUAUUUUUAUGUAUUUAUUUGCAGAUUACAUAGUGUGUUUAUUUUAUCCUUGGUAUUCUGUUGCUUGACUUCCCCAGUUCCAUUCUCUUUAUUAUGACCAGUAUUGUAGCAGAUUUACACCUAGGCAAUUAAUAGUUGUACUGUCGUCAGAGCCUCUGACCAUAAGUAUGGUUUCCCAGAAUUCUUUGCUCACAGAUUUCUAAAUAAAAAAUUAAAGGAGCAAUUGUCAUCAUAUUUUAACUUUGUUAAUAAAAGUUUAUUUCUAUUUUAGCCUAUGUCUGGCUUUUUUUAACAUAUAAAUGUUUAAUGACAACUAUUUUUACUGAAGCUCCCUGGUCUCCUUUGCUAUGUGAGUUUUGUUAUUCUAACUGAUCCUUGGUAGGAAUCGCUGUUUAUUCAACCAAAGACAAAAUGCAAGAAGACCACUGUUAUGACAGAAUUUAAAGUAUUAAAACUCCUUGGCUAUCUAUGACUUUAAUUAUUUUUAAUUUGCUAGCUCUUACGAAAAAAAAAUAGAUUUUUGAAAAUUAUAAUGCCAAAAUAUGGGAUCUACAAUAAUCCCCAAACAGAAGGAAGAUUCCUAAUUAAUGUCAAUAGAGAAGUGACCAUUUGGAAGGACUUGUGAUUUGAUUCGAUAUAUUUGCAGGAUUAGUGUUGACAGAAUUAAGAAAUGUCUCCGGCGAAAGAUUUGUCAUUCUUAUCAUAAAACUUACCUUUAAUAUCUAGCUUGUUACAUAUCUGAAUUCCAGGAUGAAAAGAAACCUGGUAGUGGGUUGUACUGCAGAGUUUCUUUUGUAAAUUAGUAAACACUAAGUGCUCUUAUGAUGUCUAUGAAAGGAGAAGGGAAACCCAUCAACAGGCAUGAAGAGUUAGUGAAGUAUAUUAAGUAGCUUUGUACUGUUAUAAGAUCUCUCUAUUUAGGAAAGCGCAUUGCUAAAGUAACUGAAAAUCUUGUCAUGUUAAUAUGCUAAAGGAUCACUUUGCAAUACAGACAAAUGUCGUCUGUGUGUGGUGCUAGCCAUAAUGGUAACAAAUAUAUCAAUACAAUAUUGUUUUUACAUUUACAUUUUGAUUCACCAAUGUGAGAAUUGCCCACAAUUCAAAAUGAUUUUCAAUAUUUAGCUUAAAAUAGUAGAAUUAGAGAAAGUAUCCAGGUCAAUUCUAUUUUCAGUUUGGUUAUUUUGGCAUUAAAUUUGAAAUCCACUUAGAAUUUAUUUUAAUUAUCACUAGUGAAUAUCCCUUUAUGACUUGACAGGGCUUGACAAACUUGGGAUCCAGGUUAUUAUUGACAUUUAUAUAGCGCCAACAUAUUCUGCAGUGCUUUACAAUUAUUAUAAAAUGGGGAUAUUUGACAAGUAAUUUACAUACAAAAUAUAACAGACACAAGAAGCUUACCAUCUAUGCAUGGCCAUUAGUGAUGUCCCGAACGGUUCGCCGCGGACUCAUCACUGAGUAAACUUUGACCCUGUACAUCACAGUCAGCAGACACAUUCCAGCCAAUCAGCAGCAGACCCUCCCCCCCAGACCAUCCCACCUCCUGGACAGCUCACUAAGAAUGCAGCUUCACAAUGAAUGUAAAAUGGAUGCUGUCCGGGAGGUGGGAGGGUCUGGGAGGGAUGGUCUGCUGCUGAUUGGCUGGAAUGUGUCUGCUGACUGUGAGGUACAGGGUCAAAGUUUACUCAAUGAUGAGUCCGCGGCAAACCGUUCGGGACAUCACUAAUGGCCAUUUAUGACUCCUUAUACUUGUAUCUGAUUUUAUUUUUUAUUUUAUUUUUUUUAAAUGUGUUAUUGGGCUUACACCUGUUCAUGCUUACUAACAGUAUAGAGUCAAUAACUUUCCCCUGUGUCACCACACACUCCCUGGGGGUGCAGAUGUGAAGUGACCUAAACCCAAAUCUUUCAUGCCACAUAUAGGAUAGGGUUUGAACUGUACCAUUUGCAAACAGAUGAGUCAAUCUGGUGAUAAGUGUGCACUUUGUAAUAUUUAAUAUAUGAUGCACACAACUGUUUUCUCUCUAGUAAUCAUGAAAUAUAACAAUGCACAUUAUGAAAUGUUUCUCUAAUGUCUUGCUGAUUUUGUAAUUGCAGGUGAUAUGUCAUCGAUGAACAGCACGUUGAAUAACCAUCAGCUAUCUCAUCUUCAGUCAUUGCUAAGCAACACACAGAUGUUUCCUCCAAAUCAACAGCAUCAGUUUAUGCAGAGGUACCAGAAUCUACAUGCACUGAAAGGACAAGUUCCUAUUUCUGGGCCAACUAACAACUUAAAUCCAAUGGCCUGCUUGUUCCAAAACUUCCAGGUAAUUAUACAAAAGGUUACAAUCUAAACAAGUCAUUUUGUCUCAAAUAAAAUAAAGACAAAAUUAAGUGAAAUAAAUGGCAUUUAUAAGCUUUAUUACAAAGGAAAAGGAAUGUAGAAAGCACAACUUGUAAUCUUUCCACGCUAAAAUGUUUAUCCAGUCCCAGAUGGAUACAUUUAUUAUCGCUUUUGGCGAAGUAUGAGUACUGUGUAGGUGGUUAAUCUACAAAGAAAAUAUUCUCUCCAAAUGCUGAUAUACUUACUAGCCAAAAUAAUGUAUACGUGGGAAAGGAGUAGAGCAUCAAGAGUUGUUUUGAAGUGCAGUGAACCAGUAAUGGUUCAAAGACAUAGAAAAGUAGAGCGAAACAGAGGAGAGUAUACUUUGAAACUAACGGCACUACCAAAAUUUCAUUCAGUUUACAAGUGUCACUGAGAAACUCCAUCUGUGUAUUACCUCUGCAAAACUACUGAUGUCUGUGUUAAAUAGAUCACAGUAACUAACUUAAAGGACCACUAUAGUGCCAGGAAAACAUACUUGUUUUCCUGGUACCAUAGUACCCUGAGGGUGCCCCCACCCUCAGGGUCCCACUCCCGCCAGGCUGGAUGGAGAGGAAGGGGUUAAACACUUACCUUUCUCCAGCGCCGGGCUCCCUCGGUGCUGGAGACUCUCCUCCUCCUUUCCCAGUCAUCGGCUGAAUGCGCAAGAGCCACGCGCGCAUUCAGCCAGUCUCAUAGGAAAGCAUUUCAAUGCUUUCCUAUGGACACUGGCGUCUUCUCGCUGUGAAAAUCAGUGAGAAGCGAGGAAGCACCUCUAGCGGCUGUCAAUGAGACAGCCACUAGAGGCUGAAUUAACCCUAAAGUAAACAUAGCAGUUUCUCUGAAACUGCUAUGUUUACAGCAGGCAGGGUUAAUCCUAGGUGGACCUGGCACCCAGACCACUUCAUUAAGCUGAAGUGGUCUGGGUGCCUAGAGUGGUCCUUUAAGUUCUAAUGAAGUCCCUAGUUUCACAAACAAGAGAACUCACACGAUGUUGGUACGACCUAUACCACUAACAUGACGACACUAGAUACUGAUUAACUGAAUUUUCCCUCCAGAUAAAAGGCUGUGCACAACAAGAAGGAUGUCCACCAUGUCUUGACAGGAAAAGGAAGGCAGCACACUAGAAAUGUAAACGAAGACUCCUCCCCACAACGUAUAAAACCUGCAAACCAAUUCAGAAACCCCAAUUCUCUGCCUGCCUUCAGUAGGAUAGGUAGGCGCUCACGUUUUUAUGUUCUCCAGGGUCGAGGUGCAGAAGCUGAAGCCGAAGAGGGUUCCUUUCUUACAGGGAAGAAGAUCUCUAUGUUGGCCUGGUUCUUACCUAAUCUCUUCUUCAGAAUUGGAAUGCACGCCGGGUUCCUGCCUACCGCACCUUUAUAAGUUCUGCCUAUGUCCGUGCCUGUUGCCAGAAAUGGUGAUGGUGCGUCUUACGCACAUGCUGUGAUGCUCUGGCAGUGGAAUGUACGCACAGGUUGCGAUGUGCUCCAUGGGCUGUGGAUGGUGUUGAUUCCCAGUUGCAACUACCUGUUUGUCGGGUGCCCUCAAUUCUGUUGCAUUGUCCCUUAUAUCCCUUAUUUUUGGUAUAGUUAAUCUUGAGACUCCUAUUAAAGGGUAAUUCAUGACAAAAUCAAAGAAUUUGAUAUCUUCUUUAUGUUACAAGCCUAUGCCAGAUGCAUACAAAAGAAAAGUGUUGCAUCUGUUUCAGAGCUACAUCUAAGGAAGCUAAAAAGCUGAAGUAUCUUAAUUUUUUUCAUGGUUCCAGAACAAUUUGCAAAAGACCUGUUUUUGGAUAUUAAGCUUAUAUCUCCUCCUAUAAGCAAGAAAAGGAAGCACUGGGAAGUGACCUUGUCUAAUUCCGACACCUCCUCCUCUUGUUCGUCUCCUUAAACUCUGCACUCUCCUUAUACGAAUAAAUAUUGUUUUCCAAAUGUGAGUAUACUUAGACUUAUCAGAAGUACAACUAUUUAUGGAAGAAAGAAUUUGACAAAUUUAUCAGGAAUCUAUCCAGCACAAAAAAAGAUAACCGAAAGCUGCAGCAUGCAAUGGACAAAAGCGGUAUAAACUUUACGUAAACUUUUCUCCACAUAUGUGGCUCAGAGUACACUCUUAUUGCAGAAACAUCUGUAGCUAAGGUUAGAUUCCCUUAAAGUCUAUAUGGGAGAAUACAAGGAAGAUCCUGUAAGGCUUCUACAGACCAUCAGAAUGGUUUCAGAUUUUAUUUUUUCCUAUCAGACAAAUCUAUGGGCCUCUCUACUGUGGCUAAAUGAGUAGUCUAGCUCAUAAAUUGGUAGUGUGACUUACCGUUUGAAUAGGGAAUAGUGUUUGCGUCUCAACUGGUUAAUGAUGGAUGAUGAUGAGAUAAAGAAGCCAUUGGUGGUAAUAAAGCCUUGCUGGAAGUCCAAAAAAUCAAAAUGUUGGAAUUAAAGUAUUUUUAUAGUAACAAGUCUUAUUAUAGAGAUUCCUUUCGCAUAUAUCUGACAAAAAGAAAUCCAAGACAAUCAUUUUGAUUCCGGUAAAAAGGAAAGAAAUUACUAAAGAUAACUUGUUUUGAAGCCAGAGCAGAAAGAGGAACACUUUUUGCCUUCAUUUUCCAGUGGGAGAAAACCACCACAAAUAAUUCCGUCCUCAGUAUUCUAAGAAGAGGAUACUAUUUAGAGUUCAAUGAUCUUCCUCCAAGACAUUUUCUAGGCUCUUCAGUCCACUCACCCAAAGCUGCUUCAGUUCGAUUUGCUCCACCAUGCAGAAUAAUUUUCUACUCUCGUUUCUAGUUCAAAAGCCAGUCUGGUAUUUUAAUGUAGCCUAAAUUUUUCCCUCCAGUUGCUCUUAUUCCAAGUACUUUGCAGAAGAUAUUUGGAAAAAUAGCAAUAAUCGUUGCAAUUCUUCCCUUCCAGCCACAGAGCAGCUAGUUCGCAAUUUUGUUGAACUUCUCAAAAGGAAACUUCUGGUAUCUUCAACUUUCAGUAGACAUCUUGGAAAGAAACCUGUUUCCUCUGCUGACUCUUAGGACAUUAAAUCUCACAGCGUGAUAUUUGAAUGGCAGGUACUUGGUUCAAAAGACCUAAGUCUGGAAGUUAUUGACAUUUUUAUUGCCUCCAAGAAAGAAUGCACAAGUAGAGUUUAUUCCAAAAUCUGAGAAACAUUCUCGUCUUGGCACCUGGGAAUUCACAAAUAUUCUCCAUCAACUUAUGUUCUGAAUGCUAUAAGAUUUCUAUAAUUGGGUUUUGCCAAGGUUCUCCAUCCUAUAUCUUUGCAAGUUCAAAUUUCUUUUCUUCUAUUAAUUUCUACACCACCAGAGACUGGCCUCAGAUCCUCUGAUCUCCAGGAUUUUUAGAGCUAUAGCUAAUCUCUUUCCAGGUAUCCGAGAAAUUGUACCUUAGUGGAUUCUUUGGUCUGUUCAGCCCUUUUGAACUAAUGUAAUCUAAACAUCCUUAUGUGGGACAGCUGUCUUCUGUGGCCGUGGUCAGCAAAACAAUUUGGAGAACUUUAGGCUUUACAGAGAACCCUUCCUAUCUGGUUUUCAUAUGAAUAAAGUCAUUGUGAAAUUUUCCCCCCUCAAGUUUACUUUGAUGAACGAUUGUAAUCAGGAAAUUGUUCUUCCAACAUUCUGGCAGAAUUCUCAGAACAGGAAGGAAAGUAAAUGUAAUUGCCUAUAUAUUAAGCACCCUUCACAGCUACUUGGAAUAACCAAGACCUUUUCGUUGUUCCAACAGACUGUUCUCUAUCAGGGUCAAGAGAAGGUACCUUGGCAUCCAAAGGCUCAUUGGCAAUAUAGAAUAAAGCAGACAUCAUGCUCUCCUACAAGUCCUCAAAGUUACUCCACUUAAUUUAAAGACUCCUUCCACAUGGAAAUUGCUACAUCCUGGGCAUCAAAAGCAUUGGCAACUCUGGCUUAGCUUGCUAGAUGUCUAUCUGGUCCUCCAUUCACAGUUUCUCAAAAUUCCAAGUUCGACAUACAAUACUCUGAGGAUUCUGUUUUUUGGGCACAAGGUGCUUAAUGCUAUGGUAAAAUAAUACCUACCCUCCCAUUUGGGUUUGCUGUUGUUGUGCACUGCCUCUAAUUUGGAGGGAAAAAAAUACAAGUUUUACUUAACAUAAAUUUUCUUUUUUCUUAUGAUUAGAGGCAAUUCACGUAUUUCCCUUCCUAUUUAAUAUAUUUUUGCAGUUACUGGGCUUGUGUAUUUUUGGAGGAUUAUGAGUUUGUUUUGGGGUUUUAUACCUUGUAGGCAGGAGUCUUAGGAGGAGCUUAACGUUUACAUUUCUAGUGUGCUGCCUGCUUUUUGCGGUCAUGACCUGGUGGGUGUCCCUGUUGUUGUGCACUGCUUCUAAUGCUAAGACAAAAAAUAUUUUACGGUAAGUCCAUUUUUUUUUUAUUAUUUUUUUUUUUUUACAAGGGCUGACCGUUACUCUGGAAUUUACUACACCAUACCAUCAGAUUCUACCCUAGCCUUCAAUCCUUUAAGAAGUCACUGACCACACACUUUUUUAGGGAAACAUGCCAUCUUCUUGGGUGACAUUUUUUGCAUUUUACUUAACUCACUUCCAUAGCCCAGCUUACACACUAUCCUGACACUGUUUGGAUCUUCCACCCAUCACUUUUACUAGCUUAAUUCAACACUGAUGUCUUUUCCAUCAAUAAUUUCUCCCCUCUAACAUGCUUUUAUUUCUUGCGUGUCUUUAGCCCUUCCCCAUAGGUUGUAAUCUGGUUUUGAGCAAAGUCUUCACCUAUUGUCUGUUAUAUUCUAUACGUAAAUUACUUGUCAAAUAUUCUCAUUUUCUAAUUGUAUGUUGGCACUAUAUGAAUGAUGAUGAUACUAAUUCUGUUAAUAUUUGUUUGAAUUGGCUAACCUCAAUACAUUCUUCACCUGGCUAACUGAAAUAAGUAGAGAGAGCAAGACUAUUCUUAUUGAGUUGGCAUCUCAGCUCAUUAUAUAAUGGAAUCCCCCUGACAGGUACACAUUAACACCGUGAAAGUUCAAACAUCUUAUUGGUUACAAUUAAAUUGCUUUGUGUUUUGGAUUUGUACCCUUAAAACUCCCUCAAGUGUUUCUAUAUAUUGAGAUCUAUUUUGUGGGGGGGUGGGGGGAUUGUAUAGUUUUUAAUUUUCUUUUGUAUUUCUUCUAGGUGAGGAUGCAAGAGAAUUCCGUGUUGUCUAAUAAAGAGGUAAACUCUCAGAUGGGGGUAUCCUCGUUACCUGAGAAUCCAAACACUAAUCUGCCUCCGUUUCCAGAAAAGCUUUGUAACAUGCAGCAAAGAGCCGAGCAGUUGCUUGGGCAGCAGAUGAAAGAUAAUUUAAGAGAUGGAGACAACUCAGUGGAUGCAAUUUACAAAGCUGUGGUCGACGCUGCAAGUAAAGGCAUGCAGGUGGUAAUCACUACAGCAGUAACAAGUACAACACGUAUGAGUCCAAUUCCAGCUCUGAGUGCCAUGAGUGCCUUUACCGCAUCAAUUGGUGACCCUUUAAAUCUCUCUAGUGCUGUCAGUGCAGUGAUUCAUGGCAGAAAUGUUGGGAAUUUGGACCAUGAAGUAAGGGCCAGAAACUCUAGAGUUAAUCGGAUGAGAAAAGGCUUGGAUCAAGGCAAACACAUAAGCGACGGGGAUGGGUUUGAUUAUUUUAAGUCAUCUGGAUGCAAUACACCUAAAAAACAAUGGAACGGAGGACAAAGUCCUGGUGAGGUGAACCGGUGGAAAUGUGAGGAGUUUUUGGAUCACACUGGUCAGAUCCACCACAACCCUUGUCAACCAAGACAUAGCAACAUGUCUGUACUACACUCCUUUGAAGACGAGCAGUGCCAGAUUUUGAUACCACCAAGACACUGUCAGAAUGAUAAAAUGCUAGAUGACAAUUUCAGAUUUAAUCACUACAAAAGAACUAUGAUAAGUUUUAAAGAGAGGUUGGAGAACACUGUGGAGCGAUGUGCUCACAUCAAUGGGAAUCGACCUCCUCAACACAGAGGGUUUGGAGAUUUGCUAAGCAUUCCUAAACAAGAACUAGCUAUGGAGGAGCAAUCCCCAAGCUCUUCAAACAGUUUGGAAAGUUCUUUAGCAAGAGACUAUAUCCACUACAAUGGAGAUUUCCAUGCCAAGAGCAUGAAUGGUUGUGCUCCUAGUCCUUCAGACACUAAGAGUAUCAGUAGUGAAGAUGACCUGAGGAUUCCAGACUCCCCUUCUUCAAAUGAGUUAAUGCAUUAUAGACCAAGGACGUUUAAUAUGGGUGACUUGGUUUGGGGCCAAAUCAAAGGACUGGCUUCAUGGCCUGGGAAAUUGGUGAGGGAUGACCUGCACAACCCAUAUCAACAAAAUUCAGAGCAAGGAAAGGUAUGCAACAGUUUUAUCAAUAUUCAGUUUAAUUCUAUCCUUUUUAGAGACGAAUUUGAGGUAUACUCUCAUAAAUAGAAAUUAUAAUCUGAGAAUUGUAAUAGCAUGUGUACAUUAGUUUAGUCUUGCAUUUAUUUAUAUUUUGAAAGUUACAUUUUUAAAUUAUACACUCUUCGUGUGUGUGUGUGGUUAAAAAAAAAAAACUGAUAAAAUUCAUAUAUUAUAAUACUUUUUUUUUUUUUAUUUUUUUUAUUGGACUAACAGAAUUUUUUUUAAUUACAUGCUUUCGGGAGAACCUCCCUUUCUCACAUCUGUAGCAAGAAAUGCUUGAGGCUUGAGAAAGGGAGGUUCUCCCGAAAGCUUGUCAUUAAAAAAAAUUCUGUUAGUCCAAUAAAAAAAAAGAAUUACAAGAUAUGACUUUUAUCUGUGUUUUUACAUAUAUUACUCAAGAUCCAGCGUACUUGCCUAUCCACUAAACAGCAACUGAAAUGUUGACAGAUUGUAUUAUUUUUAUUUUUUUUAAAACACCUAAUCUAGGCAAAAAUAAUGGGGGUUUAGUUACGUUAUAUGAUCAUACAUUGCAUAAGCCUGCCACAAUGUCAAUGUACCCCAUCUUUGGCAGGUCCUACUUUGGCCCCCAGCAGCACCCCAUUUAUGCAUGUUCCGGUGAGUGCAGCCUCACACCCUGGGGAUGGUCAUGCCGACCAGGCUCCGGUGCCGGGUCUCUUUCUCCUGUUGCUGUACAAUGAUGCCCUGUUUCUGUCAUUAAAGGGACACUAUAAUCACCAGAACCACUAUAGGUUAUUGUACUGGUUCUGUUGUCUAUAGCAUGUCCCUGCAGGCUUUUUAAUGUAAUCACUGCCUUUCAUAAAAAAGCAGUGUUUACAUUGCUGCCUUGUAACACCUCUAGUGGCAGUCACUCAGGCGGUCACUAGAUGUGCUUCCUUCCUUCAUUAGUGUUGUUCAGUGUGCAGCAAUGCUGUUUAGUGUCUACACACCCUGCAUGGAGAUGCAGAUUGUCAAAGCACAGCAUUUUGUCACACAUGAGCAAUAGCCUCUAAAUACUUUCCUAUGUGAAAGCAUUUGAUUGGCUGAGAAUAUCUAGAUUGAUGAUCUUGGUUAUGGGGGUGGAGCUAGCUGUGGCCAGACCUGUGAGGCAUUGGAGAAAAGGUGGAUAAAAAAUCACCUUUCCCAUGUGAUCUUAUAGAGGCUGGGGACCUAAAUAGUUAAACAUUAGUGUUAGGAGUAUAUGUUUUGUAUUUCUGACAUUAAUGUGUUUCUUUUAUGGAAUCCUCUGAAUGAAUAAAAAAACCACAAAAAAAACGAAUGGAUUUGUAAGAAGAGAGGGGGUGACUGGCUAAAAUAAUUCCCUUAGCAGAAAGGUGUGCACAACAAUGCAAUCUCACCAAGUUUAUAAAGGUUUCUUGCAUGCCUUCCAAAGUUGUUCCUGCUUCAUUUUGGUUUGUAUAUUUAAGUGUUUAAAAAAUAAUGAUCAAGUGAUGCAUGCCCCCUUAAGCAUUUGCUAACAAAGACUUUUUGGUGUUAUAAUAAAUAUUUUCUGGCAUUGCUAAAUGUAUCUUUAUUAGUGAUGUCCCGAACAGUUCGCCGCAGACUCCAGUCAGCAGACACAUUCCAGCCAAUCAGCAGCAGACCCUCCCUCCCAGACCCUCCCACCUCCUGGACAGCUCACUAAGAAUGCAGCUUCAAAAUGGAUGCUGUCCAGGAGGUGGGAGGGUCUGGGAGGGAGGGUCUGCUGCUGAUUGGCUGGAAUGUGUCUGCUGACUGGAGUCCGCGGCAAACAGUUCGGGACAUCACUAAUCUUUAUCUUUCCAUAACAUAGUUUAAUUUGCACAAUAUGUCUUUGCUACAGACCAUUUAGGUGUAUUUCUCCCAUACUUUAGUAAUGUGUUAACACAUUUUAUAAGCGUGUUUUGGGGGUUUGUUAGCUCUCCCUAGAAUAUGAUGUCACACGGAAAAAGCUGCUAAAUGUGUUCUAUAAUAGAUAUAGAUAUUUUAUUUAUUUUGAUUAUAGACUGGUGGUGCUAAUUAUCUGAAUCCUAUUACAUGUUGUCCACAGUUGACAAGGUAUUAAAAGAACAGAAAGUAAAUGUUUCACUGCUGGAAGUCUGAUCAAUGUGAUUUGCUGUUCAUGCUCUCAUGCAGGUGGAGUCUGAGAAGUUAAAGACACUAACAGAAGGUUUGGAAGCUUACAGUCGAGCCCAGAAAAGAAAUAGAAAGUAAGAUCAAUUGCUAUAUGUAUACGCUAACUCCCACUAAUUCACCAGAAAUGUUAACCCCAAUGGUAUUUUAAGCUACAGUUUAGUUACAUGGCACAACUUCCACGUCUGUAGUUUGUUUGUUUUGUGGCUUUUGUUUUUGCUAAAUAACACACAGUUCCAACUGUACCAGCAUUGUAUGCACAGUUUUUUGUUGUUUUUUUUUAAUCAUAUGUUGAUAUAAUUAGGUUGUUUAAGACAAUGUAGGAAGUGAGUUUCCUUAUUGACUUAGUGAAAAACAGAAAAUCAUUUUGUUAGAGGGUGAGAGCAUAUGUACAUUUAUUUGUGGGUGAUGUUUACUCUAUCAGUGUCUUCAUUUCGGUUUGUUGCAUUGCAUAGAUAAGGUAUUAAAAAUAUUAAAUACGACUCCAGGUCUAAUUUUAAAGGGACACUAUAGGCACCAGUCCACUUAAGCUCGGAGGGGGGGCGCAUUGUAGGUCACUAUAGUGCUAGGUAAACCACAUUGUUUGUUUUCCUAGCACUGUAGUUUCCCUUUAGAGGGUUACUUCAACAAAAAAAAAAAAAAUCACAACCACUAAAGGAACACUAUAGGGUGAGAAACACAAACUUUUAUUCCUGACCCUAUAGUGUUAAAACCACCAUCUGCCCCCCCUCCCCUUGCCACCCUAAAUAUACUUACUUUUGUUCAAAGCUGCAGCUGCUGGCUCUGCCCCUAAUCUGCUUGCUUGGCUGACAUCAUCAGAAAUGUUGUUCUGACCCAAUCACAAUGCUUUCCCAUAGGAUUGACUGAGACUGUCAAGGAGGCAGAUCCUAACACAGCCCUGGCCAAUCAGCAUCUCCUCGUGGACUUGUAUUGAAUCAAUGCAACUCUAUGAGGAAAUUUUAGUCUCAAUGGAAGUCACAGUGUGCAGCACUGCCCCAGGAAGCAUCUCUAGCAGCCAUCUGAUGAGUGGCCAGUGGAGUUAUCCCUAGGCUGUAAUGUAAACACUGCAUUUUCUCUGAAAUGACAGAGCUUACUGCAUACAGCCUGAAGAGAAUGAUUCCACUCUCCAGAACAAAUACAAUAGGCUGUAGUUGCUUUGGUGACUAUAGUGUCCCUUUAAAUGUAUAUGCAUUGCAUUAUAUAGAAAAUGCAUUAGAAAUAUGCAAAUAAGAGGCUGCGAAAUGUUCUGCUGCUGCGCCAGAUUUCCAGGCAAAUAAAGUAAUCAGAAGGAUCUCAUUGUGGUCUAUAGGGUAUAAUAUUAAAGGGUUACUCCAACCAAAAAAAAAACUUUUUUGUUAGUAUAAUCAUUUGUGAGGACGUCAUCCCUCCCCCCAAUAAAAAUAAAGCAAAAAACCUAACUCUACAUGGUGCCUAGAGGGAUAUCACCUCACUGACCAGGCCUAACAAGGCUGAAACGAUCAUCUGGGAUUGCUGUAUCUCUCAUGUAGAGAGAACUGGCCAGCAUUUCGGAUCGGGAUCAGUCUAUGCAAAUAGUUAUUUUUGUAAUGGCACAAGAUGAGCUAAAACCAGCUUGAGAUCUGAGCGGGGACCCACCAAAGGGCAGAUUAGUUGAGCUGUUGUCCGUUCUCAAUACUCUUUUGCACAUUGUUUUUUUUUUUGUUUUUUUUUUGCGUUACCUCUGUUCCAUCGCUGAGUCAAAGUGCUCCCAGUAACCUGUUCUUCCUAACCCAAUGCCACUCUCCCUUAUCAUUGGCUGUCUGACAUCAACAAGCUGUGCAUGGAGUAACCUGUUACUCGUGAAUUGAUUAGAUAUAUUUUUCAGUCAUCAUUCCCAUCAUCAGAUUACAGUGGAACUGCUGAAUAUGUGGAUAGCAGCCAAAUCCUGUAUCUGCUAUAUUUCACAGUUUUGAAAAGGGGCAGUGCACCAUGUUUGACUAAGCCUCCAGAGUGCGCACACACAGUGCGUGACUCGUGGUCUUUUCGGGAGCAGAAAAUCUGUGUUAGAGACUUUCAUGGUGUGCACCAACUCAAAAUUAGAAUGCCAUACAAAUAUAUCUCUGCAAUCAAAGGGAGAAGAAUUGGGGAAAUGGUGUAGAGUUAUAUCUGCAGUGAAUUUUCAAGUUGUGGCGGGUAUAAACAUCUUUGAUAUCACAUUACUGUGAAUAAAAUGUUAUCCGUACGUUGUUUUGGCCAAAUUUUAGCACAUAGAUAGAUGAAAAUGUAUUGGAGAGAGGGGGUGUGCAUUUGUAGGGUCAAGUCCGUGAUGUCUGUCUGCAGCACUGUUCCUCCCAAUUGCUGCAGAUAGAUGUCAAGUGAAAUACAUUUCCAGGUAAGAAAGGCAUGGUUUUCUCAUAAAACGUGUCUCACAGUUGCAUAUCCUCAGAGUGCGUGUAUAUACAUUGAAAUGUUGUGCAUUCAAGGCUCGAAUACUUAGAUGGACUCGUGUAAUUAUCAUUGUUAUCCCAGUUAGUAAUGUUGAUUGCCUCUAGCAUAUUCCAUAUUAUUGUUUCAUGUUUUUUCCUGUGGAUGUUCAGCCAGUGUGGUAGAUAUUGGGGCUGUUGAUGGUGUGAUGUAAAAGUAAUCCAAGAUUCUUGAAAAUGUAGCAAAGAAAAAAAAAAAAACCUUAAUUGUUCUUAACUUUUUUUUUUUUUGUCUCCUUUUCUAGAAGUGGAACACUAAACAACCAUUUAGAAGCUGCUAUUCACGAAGCUAUGAGUGAGCUGGACAAAAUGUCUGCCAAUGUAAGUUAGUGUUUCUUAAAAAAAAUAAACGCUUUAUGAUUAAAGGGUCACCACUUGCCCCCUCUCUUUUUUCAACUUUAGCCCAUCCAUUAUAACUGCAGCACUUAUAGCAAGUAACUUGUACAGAAUCUUUCAUAAUUCAAGCACCAGGGUAGGUGUGGCUAGGGCUGCAUAAACAGAAACAAAAGUGAUUUAACUCCUAAAUGGCAGACAGUUGAGCGGUGAAACUUCAGAGGCAUGAUCUAUAUGUAAAAAGUCCUUCAUUAAGCUUAACUAGAGAUCCUCCAAGUUAAUUGUUAUACCUGCACCUUAUGUAUUUUCAUUAAUUGUAUGUCCUAUAUAUCCUAUAUAUAUUGCAUCUGUUAUGGUGGUAGUUUGAUUAAAAACCUCAGUUGAGGUUGAAACAAAGUUGUGUAUCUUCAAAAAAAUCUGCCUGCCACUUUACCUGAGUCCCUCUUUUGUAAGGAGAAAGUCAGUCCUCUUCAUCUCUUACAUAUUAACUUUUGACAGUGCAGCUGUUGUGCUCUGUCUCCAUGAUGCUCCAUUGUCAAUGAAUUCUUGUGACCUGCACUGUCUGAUUAGCCAACAUUGAUUAUCGGUUGCGUUGCAUGGCUACAUAAAAACAUGAAAUAGGUUGCAGUUUUUAUCUGUGCUUCUUAAUUAAUACUGGGUUCUAGUGCAGUUUUUCUGUGCAUGUAUUCUAAGUAUCCACAGGUGAUAUAGAACAAUGGUUCUUAAAUUAGUUCUCAAGGAACAACUAUGGUUCGGUAUCCCACUACUAAAAUAUGCUUACUGUAAAGAACCCUUUCUUUUGGUGUGUGUGUGUGUGUGUUAGUUUAGUUAGUUAAAGAGUAUUUGGGCUACUGUUUCUGCUUGCAGUGUUAAGUAGCACUUCACUAAUUAUCUGGUUUAUUUGUCAUUUUAGGUGCAUCAGAUUCCACAGAGAGACCGACAGUUAAAGCCUCCGAAACCGAAGAGGAGAAAAAUAUCUAGAUAGCAUUGAAUGUCUUUAAUAACGGUUGAGAACAUGCACAUAUAUCUGUAUAUAGGCAUUAAUAUUAAUAUAUGUAUAUCAAUAUUUCUAUGAUGAUAGAUAUCACCACCUGGUGUAAAGUGAAAACAGUGGUAAAUAUUUUUGCAUUUAGGCAGUUGGUUUUCAACCCAUUGCGGUCUUUGAAAGAAAUCAUACUUGUGCGAUAGAAUGAAGAAAUUUAUUUUUUUUUCUAUGAUGCGACAAUUGUGAUUAAAAAAAAAAAAAAAAAAAUUGGAGAAAAAAAUGUUCAAAAUGUUUCUGAUACAGUUUCAUUUUCAAUGUGUGAG